AUGGUAAUAUUACCUUCCAUCGAACUCUACACGGACUGCAAUAACGCUGAACAGAACGUAGACAGCCUUAUGUUACUCUGUUGCGGAAUACUUGGUAUACUGAAGACAGUAUGGUUUCGCAUUUACGCAAGGAAUUUGACUAACAAUUACAGUUCUGCUCUGAACGAUUAUUUGAUGAUUAAAAACGCAAAACAUCGGGCCAUUAUGCGAAAACAUGCUUUUACGGGAAGAAUUCUCUGCUGUUCCCUAAUGUGUUUUUCUUACUUUAGUUGUCUAUUAUUCACAAUAAUUCCAUUUUUGGGUAAUGCUAAUCAUAAAAUAAAUGUAACGAAUGAGGCCAUGUUACAGUAUACAGUACCAUCAAGAUGCGCUUUGGAGUAUUUCAAUGCUCCAACAAACAUGCAUACAAUCUUGUGUCUCAUCGAAGCUAUCUCACUUACUUUAACAAGUACUACUAAUCAUG